UUAUAUUCAUGUCCAAUCACAAUAAUAACCUGCAUAAAGUCAGUACAAAUAUAAGACUUACCUCCUCACGCUGUGUGGAUUGCUUUGAACCGCCAGGCCAGUUGGUUUAUCUGGAAGUUCCCUGUGAUCUUCGUUCAGUGCUGAAAACACAAUGUCACAAUAGAAAAGAUUGAGUGAUGGUUGAACCAUGAUCAAACAGUUUAUACACUUGAACUGUAAUGGUGCAACUGGCCAUUUAGUGGUCGUAACAGCUCAUCAACUAUAAAAAACAUUAAUGGGACAAAAAUAAGCAACAUUAGGGGGCUUUAAAACUCAAAACUUUCUAGAUGCAUUGUAAAUGCCUGGGAAGCCUGAAAUGUUGAUCCAUCUGUAAUAUUUUUUGAAAAUGUUUGAAAUGUUGUGUCCCCCCCUUGAUAUAUUUUUUGUUUGCUUUUUUGGGGUAGAUAGGCUAGAGAUAGUCCUUUUCAACAAAGGACAACUACGUUAGGCCUUACUUUGUGUGUAUUUAUAUAUAAAUACAAAUGUAUUCUACAUGCCCUUGUAACUUGCAUUGCCUCUUAAUGAUACGUAUAAAAUUUUGUGGUAGUUGUAUUCAGUCCUGUUGGCUUAAAAAUUUGUUGCUGUAGUUGAAAUGCAUUUUAAUUUAAAAUGUCCAAAAGCUGGCAGGCCAUUUGCUUAGGAUACUAACAUUUUCUUAUAAAUUAUUUUAGUUCAUAACUAUACAUAAAAUUGAUAUAAAACAAGCCAUUGAAACAGCUAAUUGGUUUCUUUAGUGGUUCAGAUAGGAGUAUAUUGAACGAGAUUCGACAGAAGGAAUAUUAAGGUAUUCAUUGUCUUCACAGUUUGUACCUUAGGUUAGAUUUCUGCUACUAGUCUGAUGUCAGAGUAUAGAGACAGUGACAUAAACUAAAAUGAAAAUCUUGGCAUUACUGUAAAUUGUUAUAAUUUGUUAGCUGUAGAAAAAAUGAAUUUUUAUUUUUAAAAAGAUGGUUAGUGUUACUUGCAUUUACUGAUUUGUCACUGCAUUAAGCAUUCAAGCUUAAAUAAGUUAGGAGGUGAGUCUUGGUAUGUUCUGUUAAUUCAUUCAAGAGAGAGAGAACACAUUUUUAAUUUUGCUAGUGAGUGAGUGAGUGAGUGAUGCUCUUUGAUGACGUGAUGGAUGUGAUUGUUCACGAAAUAUGUCAUGUAAUAGUCAGUUCGCUAGGAGUUCUCGUAAUUAAAGGAUUUGUAGCAGGUGAAAAAAUUUGGUGUUAAAAGUGCCUCCGAUCUCGUUAAUUCUCUUUGACACGGGUCGAUGUCAUAUUCUGUUUGUUAUUGCAUGGGAUAUAAGUAAGUUUUGGAACCGCGAUCACGGACGCCUGUUUGGGUGAGCAGAGGGGUUUCUCGCUCACCUGGCCCAGCGAACGCGGCGAAGCGAGCGGGCCAUCAGAAUGGCGGAAGGAUCCUUGCACCCGAGGAAGCACGCCAUCGACAUGAGUCUGAACAUCUGGUUCCUCAGGGUGUUCGGGCUGAUGGGGCUGGACUCUAGCUGCGCUUGGAAGCACGCCUUGCACGGCACGUACUGCGCCGCCGUGUGCGCCAGCCACGUCGUGGUGGUGACCGCCAACGUGGCUGGGAUGGUCAGGGACUGGGGCGACUUUGACGCCGUCGUCAGCAACGUCUGCCUGACGGUGGCUGUGUUUUCGUCGCUCGUGAAGUACUUGUACUUCAUUUGCAAACGCAGGGACAUAGCGUUGCUUUUGAGGAUGCUCUGGGAGUUUGAGACAUACCAGUGGCCGCAAUGUCUUCAGCUCGAGUGCUCUGGCAUCAUCGCGAAGACGUCCCGCCACGUUCGCGCGAUGACGCUGGCCCUCAGCUUCUUUGUGUUCCUCAUAUUCCUGUCCUGGACGGCGUCCCCGUUCAUAACCGCCGGGUUUUCGGCGGUCGGCCCCGCCAGGUGGCGCUCCCACCCGUUCGCCGCGGCCUUCUUCUUCGACUACCAGUCGUCGCCGAGCUACGAGGCGGUGUACUGCUUCCAGUCGGCCAGCCUGUUCUCGUUCUGCCUGGGCGUGAGCAGCUUCGACACGGCAUGCGUGGCGCUGCUCAUGCAGGUGGGGGCCCAGCUCAGGGUCCUGCUGGCGUCCCUGGGUAGGCUGCGGGAGGCGGCGGAGGAGUCUCUGGCGCGCCGCGGGGACCACGGAGGCCCGCGAGGGGAAACUGCAGCCGUUCCUGGCCUAUCGCUCACCGACGGGAGCGUGGACUGCCCACGAGACGAGUUGAGAGUUCAUUUGCUGCAGUAUCUCCGUACCUGCAUUAAGCACCACAAUGAUAUCAUCAUGUUCGUUAAAAAACUGGACGAUGUAUUUAACCCCAUAAUGUUGGCACAAAUUUUGUACAGCGUUUUUGAGAUAGCUGUAAGUGGAUUGCAAGCUACUGAGAGCUCUGCUGAUUUUGGGAAUCUGAUCAAGUUUGUGGUUUUUGCAAGCGCUUUAUCCUUUGAGCUGUACUUGUUCUGCAGGUAUGCUGACAUUGUGUUGCAUCUGAGUCAAGAAGUAGCGAUCGCAGCGUACUCAUGCGAGUGGUACCACAUGGACUCGCAGAUCAAGAUGAUGUUACAGAUGAUGAUCUUGAGGGGACAAAGUGCUGUCAAGCUCACUGCCUUUCGCUUCAGAGUGAUGUCACUGGAUUUGUAUGGGACACUUUUGAAUGGUGCGUACACCUACUUUGCCCUGCUGAAGGAGAUCAAGAAAAGAAAUGCAGUGUGACAUACGGAUGGGUGAACGCAGUUCAAGAUAGUAAUGAUAAAGAAAAUUAUUAUUUUAAUGUUUCAGAAGUACGAGUGGCCGCGCUGUCUCUCUGCGCAGUGCGCGGACAUCGUCACGAAGACCAAUCGCUUUGCCCGCAUCCUCACGCU